GUGGAUGCUUGGACCAAGGUCACGAGGCUCCCGGAGGAGCAGCGGGCAUUGGUGCUGCACCAACACCUCCAAGGAAGGGCGUGGAUCGAGGCCGAAGAGCUGGACGUGGAGACUUUGGAAAUAGAAGUCAGCAAGAUUGCUGAAGCCUUGACGCAGUUUUUCAAGCGGCUGAAGAGGCAGCCUGGACAGACCGUCCGUGAGUUCAACUCUGCCUUUGAUCGGGCCCACACUCGACUUCUCGAGAUCGAAUGCCGUCUGCCCGAAGUUGCCAAAGCCUGGGCCUACUUGAACGCACUGAGCCUUUCGAGUAGUGAGGAGCUUUCUUUGUUAGCCAGCGUGAACAACGAGCACAACACCGCUAGACUCCAGAGGGCUGCCACAUUGCAUGAAAAGAGUCUCCGGGCACCCUGGGGAUUCCGUAAGCCCAACUUCUCUGGAGACACUCGCGGACGUGCCAAGGGAGUUUUCCACACCGACCUAGAAGACAUCGACGAGGACGGCUUCGACUUCGAAGAGGACGGCAUUCCUGAAGAGCUUGCUGCAGAGUUGCACGAGGCUUAUGUCGCUCAUGAAAAUGCGCGGGCCAAGAUUAAGGACGCCUCUCGUGGCAAGACCUUCGAGACCGAUAAAGGGCUCCCUGGAACCUCUGCAGAACGGCUCGCUUUGGCUAAGUCUCGGAGCUUUUGUGCAGGAUGUAAGCGUCGAGGGCAUUGGCAUCGUGACCCCGAGUGUCCGCUUAAUCAAGGUCAGAAGAGCGCCCACGAGAACAACGCGAGCAAAGGUGGCCCUAAGGACCUCGGCAACCCUAGUGGUUCUCCUGGACGAAUUGCUGAUGGACGAGGAGCCCGUGAAGCCUAUGUGGUUCAUGUUGCCUACGAGCUCGGCGAUGCUAAUGUAAGUGAAGGACUCCUGGCUAUCACCGACUGCGCCUGCAGUAAGACUGUUGCCGGACAGCCCUGGCUGGAGGCAUACCUUGUCGCAGCCCGGCAAGCUGGUUUGGAUCCCCAACUGGAGCCUUGCGAGGAAGAGUUCAGGUUUGGAGCAAGCCGGGUCUUCAAGGCGACAUAUGGGGCCACAAUCUACUUGGACAUUGCCGGAAAGCACAUAGCUGUCAGGGCCUCAAUCGUGAACGGGGAGGUUCCUUUGUUGCUCAGUCGCAAGGUGUUGGCCAAUCUCGGCAUGAUCUACGACAUCGCCGGACACAGGGCCUCCUUCGAAAAGCUGAGCAUCCAGGACUACAAGCUCCGGUUCACUCAGACAGGUCAUCCUGCUUUGCCUGUACAGCCAAGCUUUCCGCCAGGUUUUAGACCUUUGGCUCCAAAAAGGUGGGAAGACCCUGAGCUCUUGAUCAUCACUCAAGCGCAGGCGCAAUACACGGCCUUCAUGACCUUUGUGAGCGGUAGUUGCAAGCAUGGGGAUGGCAUUGAAGUUCCGGAACGCCAGCAGACAGCGAAGGCAUCCUCAAAGGUGUUCGGUAGCUCUGUAGAGAAGCCCAAGACAAUGUUCUUCCCCAAGAAGGUCGGUGAGGUGGUUAGCAAUGUUCUUACUCAGGAGAGGCUCUGUAGCUCUUUGUUUUGCAAGUGGUGGGCCAAGACUGGAAUCAGCAAUGACUUCUGGAUUGAGACCCCCGAGUACGUAGCACAUGGGCCAUUUUAUGCAGCAAUCACAAAGCCGUACCUUCUGUGCACGAUGUUUGGAGAGAUCCCGGCGCCAACCUUGACCCCGUCGAUGCUUUAUGGAUCGGGAGAAGUGUCUUUCCGCGUAAAGCCCCUAUCCCCUCUCCUUUGUCUCAGCUGCUGUCCGAUGACCUCCAAGGGUCCGAACGUAUGGCACAUGACGAAGAAGGAGUUGAUGACCUAUGCGGACGCCCUCGACAUCACCUACCACGAGAGUUGGACUCGCGAAGAAAUCCGGGCGAUAAUCCAGGAGUACAAGGAGGCCAAGGGCACAUCCAAGGUGCCGAAAGGCCUGGCGUCGAUGACUUUGGCAGAGUUGCAGCAGAAGGCCUCAGAGUUGUGCAUCCAGUAUCCAGCCAAAGCUUCGAAAGGAGAUCGUGAGUUCUGGCCGGUACAAAAAUUCCAUGUGCCGCGGCUCCCAGAAGAUUAUCUGUCCUGGGCGAUUCGAGAGACCCAAGCCAACGACAACUCCUCGGACGACCUCCGUCGCCUCGCCAAGUGGGCGGAGACUCGGGAGAAGCAGAAGCGGUACACGACCAACGACCCCGAAGUGGGGGCGAAGAUCCCCUAUAUGCCUUCGUGGGCGAGCUCUUCCGGAACUCCCUCGUCCUGGCUCAUGGCGGAGCAGAUGCCAGUGACACCUCCGAGAUCCACGGGAACAAGGAGCAGGAAGGCUUCACCGAAGAGUACCGGAUCGCGACGUCCCCAGGAGACCGAGCACGCCGAGGUGGAGAAGAUGGAGCAGGACGCGCCGGAGAGUGUGGUUCAGGAAGUCCAGGCGCUGCAGGCCCGGCUGGAGGACGAGAUCUUCUUUGACUGCUUUGAGGGCGGAGAGGAGAUGCUGGCAGAGGCUCAGAUCGAAGCUCGGGCCAGGGAGCUUCGAAAAGCAAAGGAUUUUUCUUGGCAAAGCUGCGAAGAGCUUUUGCGACAGUUUUGCCCCCACGGAGCUGGGAAGCGUUGCCGCGAAGCUCACUGGAAAGAGGAUGCCAGAGUCACUGCCGGUGCCUAUGCCCAUGGCGGCUUCUAUGGUGUGGUUGGCAUCACCUAUAAGUACCCCGAAACUAUAAGGUACGUGAAUGCGGGUGUUCAAGGGAGUUGGACUGCUUUGUCGAUGGGAUGGAAUGGUCGGAGCUCCCUGCACCGAGAUGCACACAACGCCCGAGACCGUUGCAACUUCUCCUUGACCCUUGGCGACUUCCAAGGCGGUAGACUGUGGAUAGAGGAUAGCUCUCGCCAUGUUCUACAAGGAAAAAAUGAAGCCCACAAGGUCCCCUACUCCCUUGAGCUCCCCAACGGCGACUCCGUAGAUGGUGGCUGGUACGACACCUUCCAAACCCCAACUACUUUUCCAGGUCAUCUACGACAUCUGGUUGAGGACUGGACCGGAGAUCGCUUCGUGAUCACCGCCUACACGCCUCGAGGACGUGAUCAGUUGAGCUUGAAUGAGAGGGACUCCCUUAGGUCUUUUGGUUUUCCUGUUGGGCAUGUUGAAGUUCGUGGUGAAGUCCCUCUUUCCGUUGCUGACCGUGAAGCAGUCAUGAGACCCAAGAAAAGUGUUCGCAAGCGUUUGUGGAAGCAAGCUAUGCAAGCCAGUGUCAUGUUGACUAUGUCUAUGGCUGUCGCGUCUUCAUACUUUGGGGAGCUGUUUGGCAAGAAUGUUUGCGAUGGCCCUGCAAUCCUUGAAGUCGGUGGUUUCGACAUGACGAGCAGGGUUGCUGACUGGGGUCGCGAUGUCGUAGAGCCGAUUGAGCAUGCCAUGUUCUUUGGUGAAGGAGGUGAAGAGUUUGUUUCCAACCUUACCUCCUCCUUGGCUCCCCAGGUUCUUUGGAUCCACACGGCAGCCGACUACUCUGACUUCGCAGUCAAGGCUGGGAAAGUCAUUCACAAGCAGCUCGAGCAAGGGGGUGUUGCGGUUCUCGCGGGUGACCUAGAAGGGGCAAGCUGGGAUAUAGCAGAUAUCCAAAGUGAGUUUUCCGGGUACAACUUGAAGUUCAGCACCAAUGAGAAUGGGCAAGAGGUUACUUUCAGACCUCCUGGUAGCAGCAAGUCUUGUGCAGUCGACCAAGAAGCGUUUGUGCAAGAUGUGGUUGCUCCAGAAGGGCAACGAGAAGCCCCUGGCCCUCGAGGUGCAAGUGCCAUAAGCUUUGAUCCCGGAGUUCCACAACACAUAGCUGCAGCUCUAGCCCGCAUGCACCAAAAUUUGGGCCACCCGGAGAACCGAGACUUGACACGGCACCUCCGAUACGCAGGCGCCGACCAAAAUGUGCUCAAGGCUUCAAAAUCUCUCCGCUGCCAGACUUGUGAUCGGUGCAAAACUCCGAGACCUGCAACUCUGCCUUCCCUGCUUGACUUUAACCAGGUGGUUAGCUUGGAUGUGUUCCACAUCUUUGACAGCGAGCGAGUGCGACAUGAGCUCCUCUCCGUGAUAGACCAUUCCACCACCUACCACCUGGUUAAGAAAAUCCCGGGACACAGCAGCGCAGACUUCGAGGCCGGGUUUGUCGAUCUUUGGGGUCGGACUUUCGGCCCUCCCAAGACUAUCUUUGCGGACUUGGAAACAGGACUCCAGGCCGGCCUCAGCAGAUAUGCCGAGUUCUGCGGCUCGCACUUACGAGCCGCUGCAGGGCAAGCCCACUGGCAGGUGGGAACAAUAGAGAGACACGGGCGGUGGUUUCAAGAGAUGUUGCAGAAAGUUGUGGAUGAGCAUUCGGUGACGGGUGCUGAUCUGGAGUUGGCCGUGGCGGCGACUUGUGGAGCNNGAGUUACAUACCCUGAAAAGUUGGACGGUGGCCGCGAUGAUGAGCUUUUCCUGAAAAUACUGUCCAGCGACCGGCAGCGGCAGCGCGAGGUAGCACUUCGCACAGCCGCGCGAGUGGCGUUUUUCCAGACGCGGCAGGACAGCAAGUUCAGAAGGGCCUUGAUUCAACGAGCACGAGUCCAUCGAGGCGGCUAUGCCAAGGGCGAGUUCGUGUGUUUUUAUAGAAUCGAGAAACGGGGGACCAAGAACGGCCGCUGGAGGGGCCCAGGUGUUGAAGGUGGGAACUAUUGGGUGAGCUUCGGCGGGAGAUGCCAGCUGGUUGCUGCUGAGCAUCUCCGUGAGGCCUCUAGUGAAGAGAUCAACGACUCGUUCAGCAACAGGGUAGCGCGUGCAGACCUUGAGAAGCUGUUGAGUGUGGACCAGGACGACCCCAACAACUAUGCGGACGAGAACGUUGACCUUGACGAGGAGGAGGACGUUGAUCUCGAGUUCGACUUCACGGACGUGGAGAUGGAGCCUCCUCCCGAACCUGACGCAGACGGCCGAGGACUUCCACGGCAAGCAGAAGGAGCCGACCUUCCACCUCCUCCUGUUCCAAAGCGAGUCCGGAGAAAAGGGCCAGGCGAGGGCGCACAGUCUGCAAUGAUGCUCAAGAAGUGCCUCACUGAAAGGUCCAGAGAGAAGCAACGAGAGAAGGAGCUGCCCUGGCACUGCAUUCCUCCAGAACUUCAUCAAGCCUUCAAGCAGGCCGAGAGCAAGCAGAUCACGGAGCACUACGACCACUCCGCCUUGACACCGCUCACGGCUGCCGAGAGUGACGUCAUUCGGGCUACCAUCCCGA